AGUGCGAAAGAGCUGGCCCUGGUUUUGCAUGGGGGGGGGGCCUUGUCUAGGGCUGGUGCAAGUUUGGGAGCUCACCUUUCCACAGGAGGAAUCGGAAGAGAUCCUCAGCUUGCCUGCCUUGGGAAAGAUGGAUUUGGAGAAGUCACAACAUGAAAAAGAGCCUGCAUGCAAUUUUAUGGUUGGAAGUCCCUUGCUCUGUGGGGGAAAGAGUGAGAGAGACUUAGGAAAACAUUUAACAGCCCAAAUCGAGAGUUGGUUAGUAGUGCAAGUAACUUUCGUUUGCUUGUUUUUCAUAUUAGGUCAUUCCUUUUUAAUGCAACCCUAAGCAAGACGCCGCAUGAACAGCAGUGCUGAGCCCCUGAAGGGUUUUAUCAUAUAGGUGGUGUACAGUUAUAUACAGUAUGCUCUCUUAUGGAAACUUCUAAUUAACAAAAGGCAAAUUCCCUAUACUGUAAAUUACCAACCGUCUAUGACAUUUUUUUAAAAAAAAUCCUCUAAGGAAAAAUUUUCUGUGAAACAAUUUUCAGUGUGAAACGAGGUGGUGCUAAAAAGAAGGCAAACAUUUGUGGGACACUUGUAGAACGCUUUCCCCCUUCCUAUAGAUUACUUGCUGUGGUGUGCUUCCCCUUUGCAAUACAUUUUAAAUUGGCUUCAGACUUCAAGCAGUCAUAGUCUAGUUUAUUCUCGCUCCUAGUAAGAGAUUAUCCAGCCAGGAAGCAUGAAAAAGCUAAUUAUUAGCUAGACAUAAAGUUAUUUCGCACAAAAUACGUUUCACUUCAUAUACAAUGUUUCCCUGAAAAGUGUCUUUUUGGUGGUGGGGAGGGAGCGCACAAUGCAACUAAAAAUAUUUCAAUUUAGCAAACAAAGCAAAAAUUAAUUUGAAAUAAACCAAGGCCUGUUUUGCUAGAUUAAUCGUUUGCUUAUCUUUUGUAUAAUAUACUGGAAGAUGUGUAAACUAACUCAUUAAUUCAUAUUCCUCCACCACCCACCCCACAAGCUUACUUAUGUUCUUUUGUAGGUUUUGUCUGAUAAGCACUUCAUGAAUACGAAUGCAAUAAUUCACAGGCAAGAGGUGAACUUGUGAGGUAAGUAAAAUGUAGUUGCUUUAUCUGACAUAUACCAUGUUACUUUAAAGAGGGAGAGGAGAAUCAUUACAUGAUGUGGAGGACUGAUUAUAUACUCCAUCACCAGAAAUUCAGUUGGGAAAGCUAAGAAAAGUAAUACUCAUAUCUGUGGUAGAAUUUAAAGUCUGUUACUAAGGACUAUUUGCAUUUUUAAUGGUGGAAUAAUUUACUGUAGUACAUUGCUAAUAUCUACUAUAAGCACUCUUUGGGGAAGCAAGAUCUGCACGUUUUAUUUUAUUAAGCUCUAAAUCCGAUUGCUGAAGAAAUUUUAGACAGAGACAAUGUCUGGAAUAAUUUACGCAAACAAGGACUGGCGUUCAUUUUUCCAUCAAUAAGGUUUUAGAAGACUCUAGAAUACUUAGCUUAAACUAAACAAAGUCUUGUCUCUAGGAAACUUGCGACCCAACAUGCAAGUAAGUUAAUCUGGUAGCGUCAUGUUAGGUUCAGGAAUAUGAAUCAGGUGAAACAGUAGGUCCCUUGGGUUAACUGGGUCAUGGGUUCGACUGCGAGGGAGCAAACUGAAUAUGCCUGAACAAGCUUGUCAGCUGGCACUGUGAAUGGAAAAUAUAAAACAAAAAAUAAAGGUGAUUGCUUCUUACAUGCCCCUGGCACUGAUAGAAUCAGGCUUUACAAAAAUGAAUUCUGUUCCCUUUCAUAUGGACUUCAAUAUCAUCACAAGGUGAUUUUGAAAAAGAAAUUCUAACAAAGGUUCAAACAGCUCAGUCUGUAACUUUGUCCCCAAUUUCCCCAGAUACGAAUUCACUUAAAACUAUUGCGUAAAAUUACUGAUAACUAACGCAUCUUACCAUAAGCACAAACUUUUUGAAAUGAUGCACGUAUCCUUUCCAACAUAUCACUCGGACAAUAACUCCUAAGGAUUUACAUGGCCAGGUUAAAAAACGAAAUGCUAGAAUGAUCCCCACCCAACACACCCAUCUCUACUUCAUAAAUAGUAAGGCCAAGCUGUAUUAUUUUCCAGCAGGAAAAUCCUGGAAAAACUGUAUUAGCAAAGCACCUCUAAAAUAGUCUGUCUGACAUCUGCAGCUUUUCCCCUUAAAAUAAACCAAAUAUAAAAAACAGGCUAAUUAAUAAGCAGCUAAAGUUAACUGGGAAAAGAGCCACAAAGAACUUGAUAAAAGCAAAAACAAAACAAAGAUGCAGCAAAGUGUUUUGGGUUAUCUUUUUCCACAAGCACAGUUAUUUAUUUAUGGAAAAAAAUACGGAGAAAAUUUCUACCUCAUGCUCAAGGCUUUAGCACAUGCUUCUGAUUGGCACAAUAUGUGGAUACACAAAGGGCCUCAUGAGGUCCAUUUAGUUAGCCUAAAAUAAAUAUUUCCAACUCAUUCUUGAGCUCAAAUAAUAAUUGCUUGAUUGUAACUUCUAAUAUGCAUGGGUCAGUUAUUCUAUUGUUUCUUUCAAGUACUUGUCCAUCUGUUUUUGAGACCCUAAACAUCUAAAUUAUAUAAAUUACAUAAAGCAAGAUACUGAAGGGUCUUUUUUAUUCUGCUGUCCAGUACUGUCAAGCACAUCUAUUUUGUUUGUUUGCUUUAAUUAACAGACUGUUUGUUUUCUUUGAAACCAGGUUACCCACAAAGUGAGACACUUUUUGCUGCAGGAAUUCCAAAAGGUGUGGGUGACUUAUAAUGAAUAUAAACAUUGAUCAGUUCAUCCAGCCAGAUUUAUAAAGUUUUAUUCCCCUUCUACGGGAAGGGGGGUGGAAACCACAAAAAGAUUUAAACGGAGGUACAGCCCAGCCAAAUUUAAGCAUUUCCCCAGUUCCAUUGCUUUCAACGAGAGUUAAACAUCAGUUUAAUUUUAGUCACAUUGAAAUCUUAACUCAUAUUCCGCACUGAGACAAAAUAGAAAGACCAGUGACGGUUACAUCUUGAAAGAAAACAGCAUAGCUGCCUUUGUUUAUCAAGAUGAAACAGUGUGCCAUCUAUGCCUUUAUUGUUUAAUGCUGAGGAGGAGGGGUGGUUUUUCCUCUCUCUCAUCUUCUUGUAGUUUAUUCAACAUAGAUACAGGGAAGGAUUAGCAGUUAAGCACAAGCAAACGUGUUUUACAAUUUCAACCUUUUAGUGCAUAACUUCCUUACUUAAACUACUAGAGCCUAUAAUCACAACGAUUUUACCUGAUGGAACACGUUUUUCAGAAAUAUAAUCCAACUGUUUAUCCUAACAUGUCAUAAAUUGCAAUUCUCCCCAAAAGCCUGUAAGACUGACAUCCAUCGCUCUUAAAACGCCUAUUGCCUUUGCAGACACAUCAUCAACAAAGGAUUUCUCCAUUAUUAUUCCCCAACUUAGUUAAAUACGAGCUCUGAGGUUGCCUUUGCUCAACACACGAUUGUCCCGAAGGCCAUUUUGAGGUCAUCCGUGUUCACAUCAGGCACAUGACAACCACACAGCGAGUUGACUGUUGGGUGGCAGAUGAGGAAAAAAAAACCCUGGAACCUGUCCAGGCCCAAUUUUAUGUGUGAAAGUUCUGUAAAAUUUUGCUUUAUUGUCUCCCUUAAUUAGGAUUUAUGAGGAGCCUUUCCUUAAGUGUCACAGUGUUGUGUUGCAACGUUCUUGGGAAUUUAAACACCAUCACUGGCAAAGUGGCAGGCAGUUGGGCCACCUGAUUGCAGUGUGCAUCCAGGGUGACAUGAAUCUCUCAACAGCAUUUUGGUACAGAGCUCGAGAGUUGCUCCUGUUAAACAGGCAGUGCCCCUAAAUUCGAUGCUGAGGAUCCCCUUGAGGAGACUGAUACCUGACAAAGAGCUCAGGCUUUCCAUGAUGCUUGAAACAUCAUCAAAAAAAACCCCAAAACCCUUCCUUCUGUCUGUUCUGAAUCUUCCAACAUUCAGAGUUUCUGAUGACUCCAGUUUCUAGUAUUACGACCAAGGUAGAAAAAGUUCCCUAUCUACUUUGUUGUUCUUGUGAGCUUGCCAGAGGCAUCCGACUCUCCUCUAUUAGAAAUGGGUUGCAGGGCAAGAUGAAUCUUUGGUCUGAUCUGUUCUUGCAUUCUGAUAAGACGAUGGCAACAACGCAGAGGGAUGCAUUUCAUAUGUGAAUUAGCCAACAGGCAGAACUUUCUGAUCUGCCAGGCAUCAAGUGCUUAGUAAUCAAAUAAUAAACAAAGGUAUGGGGACAUAUAUAUAUUUUAGUCAGGCCAAAGGAAAAUUACAUUAAAUAUUAGGAUGAACUGUUCUGAUAAUGUAAGCGGCAGCAGAAACGGCUGACUAACUAUGGAAUAAAUUUGUCAGUUUAAAUUCUAAGCCAGAACACUUUUAGUAGAGAAUAUUUUUAUUACUAAUAAUAACUAUUGUUAUUAUUUGGACAUUAAUUUAGUAGCUGAGGAUACUGUGCAGUUGUUUGAGCAGUUAUUAAACAAAGUGACAUAUAGGAUUAAUACUGUGAAUUGCCAAGAUCCUGAGGAUUCUGCAUCUUAAAUUGCAUAGGCAGAGGCAGACUGUAUUUAGCACGGAGAGUAGUGAAUAGAACUGUCCUUGAACCUAGUGAGAUCUGGGUUCAACUCUGGACUGGGCCAUGAAACUCACUGGAUGGCCUUGGGCCAGUCACUGUCUCUCAGCCUAACCAACCUCCUGAAAGCAAAAUUAGUUCACUCUUUGCAGAUAUGCCGCCUUCGACUCCUUUCCAGCUAUGUAAUAAAUGCAUAUGCAGUGCAAUCUUGUGCAUGUCUAUUCAGAACAAAUCCUCCCUAAACUCCAUGUGGAUUUCUCCCAGAUGCCUGUGUGUAGAAAAGCAAUCUUAAUUAAUUAAAGGAAUAAAUUGCACUUUUCUUUCCUCCGGAACCAUCAGUAGACUUUUGGCUUCUGUUCUGCACAUUAGGUGGCAAACCUCUCUCAAUUAUUGAUUCAUUUAUAUGGAUCUAUAGCACACAGACCAUGCAAUUCCAGGUCAGGUUAUAUGCAGUUUAAUAUAGCAAAUAUUGUUUGUCUAAUGCAAACAAACCAGGACUUCUCAACAUCUGGUUUUGAACUACAACUCCUGUUCACCCUAACCAGUGUAGUCGUUGGUCAGGGAUGAUGGGAGCUAUAUCUUCUCAGCUUAGAGAAGACUGCACUAAAACACAAAACAAAAUGUGUAAAACAGCAAAACCAAACCAGCAAUGAUACUGCAGAAUUAGUGCUGGUGGAUAAUUCUGAUCUUAUCCCAACUCCCUAAAAGAAGGUCUGCGCAAAAAAAGGAUUGUCUUGAAUCACCACCAAUACAUGUACAAUUAUGGGGCCAGGCACACCUUGAAUGGGAGGGCUUUCCACUGCAAAGGAGGUCCUCUCAUGAACCACCACCCCAUGAACUUCACAGCGUGGCAGAUGCCUCUCCUGCAGGCAAGUCUAUAUUGGAAAGUCAGUUGCUAUGUUGUACUAUUCACUGAGAGCCAGUACAAAGGCAAAAUGCACUGGUAAAUAACUAAUUUUAUUGAAGGACUGCUUCGUGAGGUGGGUUGAGAACUUUUUCCCAUCUGAGAGCCACAUUGCCUCCUGGGCAACCUUCAGAGGGCCACAUGUCAGUGGUAGGUGUGGCUAGAGGCAAAAACAAGCUGAGCAUUGAAUGUGAAUGUUACCUUUGUACAGUAGCCUAUUUCUACACACACACAUCCCUCUGCAUCCUCCACACAGACAAGCAAGAAGCAUUGUUAGAGUUCAAGGACAAAUUCCAGCCAGACAAAGAUGAUUGUGAUUUGGAGAGGGUGUGUGGCUUAGAUAAAUCCACUAUGCCAAGCCUGAGGUUCCCACUCUUAGGAUAGGAGGUAGCACACUAGAGUCAUCACAUUAUUACUGUUUCCGUUCUAUUGUGUUGGCAGGAGGCAGCCAGCUGGCACUCAGUUUGCCUUGGAGUGUUCCACUGCUGAUCCCUAUUCCAAAAUAUUAUUUGACCAAAAUGUUUCUAUAACUAUGAAACCAGAAGAUGCAAGGCUCUGAUAAGAAUACACUUUGAGACGCAAGAGGUUUAGGAAAUGGUGCUAUUCCAGUUUCAACAUAUAUAUUGUAGGACAUCCAACAGGAAAUAGUCUCCCCCGACCCCCAGUCCCAGACCACAUUCGUAUUUUUAUUUUAUUUUAUUUUUAUACCACACUUUCCCCCAUGGGAGCCCAUGUGCUGAGCUGCAUAAAAAGCCAAUCUAUGCAAUAAAAACCUACUUAAAAUACAUCCUUUAAAACUUAAUACAAAUAAUACCAGCAACUGAGAUUGUCAUAGACCAGAAUUCCCCAGCCUGUUCUCUGGAUGUAUGCUGCUGCAAAACUCCCACCAGACCCAACCCAACGACUUCCUGGUGUUUUGGUUUACAGCUUCCAUCAGCCUCAGUCAUUGCAGCUGAACCCUAGGUUGGCGAAUGCUGCAAUACAGAAGAGAUAGAAAUUUGGGUAAACAAAAUAUGACCUCCAUCUGGCUGAGCACCAACAAUACAUGAGACGGACACACUAUCCUGGGGCGGGAGUUCCACAAAUGGGGUGUUGCCAUGGAGAAGACCAUGUCUUGAGUCACCACCCGAAAUGCCACCCUCAUCCGUGGCACCAACACAACUACUGAGCAACUCACAAAGUAUUUGAAAUUUAUAACAUAGGUUAGAUAGCUUGCCCUAUUCCACCAUUUUCUUGUAGGUAUUUCCAACGCAUAGUAAAGGAUUAAAACACCAAAGGUUCUUCCCAUGUUAUGAUCAUGUCUUUGAAUAAACAGAGGUCCUUCGUAGCUGAUCCUGCUAACUGGUAACUUUUUUCCACAAGUGAAAACCCUACUCCAGAAUUACAAGGAAUGUCAAUUCAAUGCUGUACAAUUUUUCCUUAGGGCUCACUUAUUUAAAACAUUUUUAUCUCCCACAAGGCAAAUAAAGGGUCCCAGAGUGACUUGCAAAUGUCAGUGAUAAGAGACUCAAUUCCCAGAGGCUUCUAGUCUAAACAACAUGACAGAAAAGAUACGGGACUGGGGGAACCAGAGAACUAUUUCUUAGUUACAGAGUUCUCAUAAUGACCUUCUGGGAUAGAAAUAAUUUAAGGAGAGGAGCAGCCAAAAGUUCCUGGUCUUUCAGCAGAGCUAACCUGAAAUCCCAUCUCUCUCCCUCUCCUUUAGCCUGAAGAAAUGGCUACUGAUGAUAGCUGGGGGAGGAACCUGAGAGACAGGUUCAACAAUGCAUCCGGUCUAAUUUUUGCUCAGUGAGGGUCAUGUCCUUGUAAAGAUGCACAGGAUAGGAUCUCUGGCUGGCAAUUAUGUCAUGCAGGCCAUCAUUGGACAACAUGGAAAAUGUCUCCUCUUGGAGAUUAGGCAGGAACUGAGUUUUUGGUGCUUCUAGGGUGCUGUAAAAACUUAGCUAUUUGGCUCAGGCAUUUCCAGACUGUAUGGCCAGUUUUCAGCACCCUGACUGCUGUAAUUGAUAAUAUUUUACUGAUAUGGUUUUUACAGAUAGGUUUAAGAUUUGUUGUUAUAUUAUGUGUCUGGCUUGGGGAGGGGUUUUUUGUUUUUGUUUUUCGCUGGUAAACCACUUUGGUACUCUCUAGAGUAAAAGAUGGUAUAG